UUGCAAGUCUAAGGAUAUGGGGAAGGAAGAUGAAGUAAAGCCUAUGUGUGUUUAUCUGUGCACACUGGGGAGUCUGUUUCUGUGUGUGUAUAUGUAUAGCAGAGUGCACCAGAAAUUCUUGACCUUGUGGUCCAUUCUUGUGUUUCAGGGUCUCUUACCUGUUCCUGCACAUUCUGGGCUCAGAAUGUGUAAACAAGGCUGCUGACUCUGCCUUGAUUUUGUUCCACCUUUGGCUGCAGCAGCCCUUGAUAUUGUGUCUUUGUGACUCUAGCAUGAGACUUCAAACAUUUGGCUCACUACUGGAGAAAUAAAGGAUAUUACCAGUUGACUCUCCUGUCUAUAGCAAUGUUAGCCUCAAGCAAGAGGAUGACCAGUUCUUCACGUUCCCAAGUCCUUCUAAUGUGGAAACCAGACAAGGCUCGGAGUGGACUCUACGAUGUUGAGAAGGAAACCCUUACUUCGAGACUGUUGCGUGACACUGAGACCUGUCGACAGAAUUUUAGGAAUUUUCCAUACCCAGACUUUGCUGGUCCUCGGAGGGCAUUGAGUAAACUCCGAGAGCUCUGCCUUAAGUGGCUGAGACCUGAGAUUCACUCAAAGGAACAGAUUCUGGAGCUGCUGGUGCUGGAGCAAUUCCUGACCAUCCUGCCUGGGGAAGUUAGGACUUGGGUAAAGUCUCAGUAUCCAGAGAACAGCGAGGAAGCAGUGACUCUGGUAGAGGAUUUAACUCAUAUUCUGGAAGAGGAAGCUCCUCAGAACUCUGCCCUUUCCCGAGAGACCCCAGAGGAAGACCCCAGAGGAAAACAUGCAUUCCAAGCAGGGUGGCUAAAUGACUUGGUGACCAAAGAAUCAAUGACAUUCAAAGAUGUGGCUGUAGACAUCACCCAGGAGGACUGGGAGCUAAUGCGUCCUGUACAGAAGGAAUUAUACAAGACUGUGACAUUACAGAACUAUUGGAACAUGGUUUCUCUGGGACUUACGGUGUACAGACCAACUGUGAUUCCCAUAUUGGAAGAACCAUGGAUGGUGAUAAAAGAAAUUUUAGAAGGUCCUAGUCCAGAACGAGAAACUGAAGCCCAAGUGUGUACUCCAGUAGAGAAUAUUUCUAAACUUACAAAGGAUGAAACCCAGACCAUAAAAUUAGAAGAAUCGUAUGACUAUGAUGACAGAUUAGAAAGGAAAGCAACAGAUACCUUCUGGAAAUUUCCCACUAAUGAAAGAGAUUUCAAUUUCAAGUCAGUCUUUUCACAAGAAGAUGAUCCUGCAGAAGGAUGUUUUAGUAAAUAUGAUAUAUAUAGAAAUAAUUUUGGAAAUAAUUCAAAUCUAAUUGUACAGUUUGAUGACCAAUUAGAUAAUAAAACUUUUAUGUAUAAUGAAGGCAGGGAAACCUUCGAUCAUGUCCCAUAUGGUAUUGUAUAUGGGAAAAUACUUCCUGGAGAUAAGCCUUAUAAAUGUAAAGUGUGUGGGAAAAAAUUUAGGAAGUACCCAUCCCUCCUGAAACACCAAAGUAGCCAUGCCAAAGAGAAAUCUUAUGAAUGUGAAGAAUGUGGGAAAGAGUUUAGGCAUAUUUCAUCUCUCAUUGCACAUCAGAGAAUGCAUACUGGAGAAAAACCAUAUGAAUGUCACCAAUGUGGUAAAGCCUUCAGCCAGCGUGCACACCUUACUAUACAUCAGAGAAUUCAUACUGGAGAGAAACCCUAUAAGUGUGAUGAUUGUGGGAAAGACUUUAGUCAACGUGCACACCUUACUAUACAUCAAAGGACACACACUGGAGAGAAACCAUACAAAUGUUUGGAAUGUGGUAAAACCUUCAGCCAUAGUUCAUCGCUGAUUAAUCAUCAGAGAGUUCAUACUGGAGAAAAACCUUAUAUAUGCAAUGAAUGUGGGAAAACUUUCAGUCAGAGUACACACCUUCUUCAGCAUCAAAAAAUACAUACUGGAAAGAAACCAUAUAAAUGCAAUGAGUGUUGGAAAGUGUUUAGUCAGAGUACUUACCUUAUUCGACAUCAGAGAAUUCAUUCUGGAGAGAAGUGCUAUAAAUGUAAUGAAUGUGGGAAAGCCUUUGCUCAUUCCUCAACUCUUAUUCAACAUCAGACUACUCACACUGGAGAGAAAUCCUAUAUAUGUAACAUAUGUGGGAAAGCCUUCAGCCAGAGUGCAAACCUUACUCAACAUCAUAGAACACAUACUGGUGAGAAACCAUAUAAGUGCAAUGUGUGUGGGAAAGCAUUCAGCCAGAGUGUGCACCUUACUCAGCAUCAGAGGAUUCAUAAUGGAGAAAAACCCUUUAAAUGCAAUAUAUGUGGGAAAGCAUAUAGACAAGGUGCAAAUCUUACUCAGCAUCAAAGAAUUCAUACUGGAGAGAAACCCUAUAAAUGUAAUGAAUGUGGGAAGGCUUUCAUUUAUUCCUCAUCACUGAAUCAACAUCAGAGAACUCAUACUGGAGAGAGACCCUAUAAAUGUAAUGAAUGUGAUAAAGAUUUUAGCCAGAGAACAUGCCUUAUUCAACACCAGAGAAUUCACACAGGAGAGAAACCCUAUGCAUGUCGUAUUUGUGGUAAAACCUUCACCCAGAGUACAAACCUUAUUCAGCAUCAACGUGUUCAUACAGGUGCCAAACAUCGUAAUUAAUGGAAAAAGGAGACUUCAUUUUGGUUUUACAACUUGAUCAUUUACAUUUUAUUUUGUAUUCUCUGUGUGUUAAAACAUUAUUCAAAAGAAAUCUGAAGAAGUGCAAUAUGUUAGCCACCACUCAGCACAAGUAACAAAAUAAUAUGGUUACAAUUAUUUCAGUUUGUUGUGAAAUUUAAGAAGGAAACUUCAUUGACUUCUUAACUUUUAUUUGAUAAUCAGUUUAAUUCAUUCCAGGAAGAAACUUUAUGAAAGGGUAUUUAAAAACCUGUAACCUGUAACUCAUCAACUCUUUAUUUCAAGUAUA